CUCUGAGCUUAGUGAAGAAAACGCAGAAUUCAGCAGAGUUGUGCAGAAUUACGCAGGAAAAUGAUGGGUCUCUCUUUCCGAGAUAAGAACAUCUUGGGUCCCAUGGUUCGAGUGGGUACACUCCCAAUGCGUCUCCUUGCACUAGAUUAUGGUGCAGACAUUGUAUACUCUGAGGAGCUGGUUGAUAUAAAGAUGCUGCAGUGCAAGCGUGUUGUUAAUGAUGUACUUCAUACAGUGGAUUAUGUGUCUCCAACAGAGAGAGUCAUUUUUCAGACAUGUGAGAGGGAGCGUCACAGUGUUGUGUUUCAGAUGGGUACGGCUGAUGCAGAAAGAGCUCUUACUGUUGCCAAACUAAUACAAAAUGAUAUUGCUGCGAUUGAUAUUAAUAUGGGCUGCCCUAAGGAAUAUUCAACCAAGGGAGGCAUGGGAGCAGCAUUAUUACUGUGUCCUGAGAAGAUUGAGAUGAUACUGAGUACACUAGUUAAAGGAAUUUCCAAACCAAUCACCUGUAAGAUCCGUAUACUACCUUCGCUGACUGAAACUAUUAGUCUCGUGAAGCUCAUUGAGAAAACAGGUGUUGCUGCUAUUGCUGUUCAUGGAAGGAGUAAAAAUGAAAGACCGCAGCAUCCUGUUCAUUGUGAUGUUAUCAAAGCUAUAUCUCAGGCUGUAUCCAUUCCUGUGAUUGCCAAUGGAGGAUCACAGGAGUUUAUCCGGCAGUUCCAGGACAUAAGUGCAUUUCGUUCUGUAACAUCAGCAUCAUCUGUUAUGCUUGCACGAGCUGCUAUGUGGAAUCCUUCAGUUUUCCGUCCAGAGGGUAUGCUGCCAGUGGAAACUGUUAUACGUGAUUACAUUGCUUAUGCUGUGCAAUAUGAUAACCACUAUACAAAUACUAAAUACUGCCUCUGUCAGAUGCUGCGAGACCAGUUGGAGUCCCCCCUAGGAAAGCGCCUUCAUGCUGCCCAGUCAACACUUGAGAUCUGUGAGGUAUUUGAAAUGAGUGACUUUUAUGAGAGCUGCAGAGUUGCACAAAAAGCAAAGAAAGCAGACCUGCAAUCUGUGGGUUUGGUAGCUGCGCUGGAGAAUGACGAUGCUGAAGAUCGGAACAUUAUAAGUUUGCCCAUCAGAUUUGACAAAAGGAACUACAUGUCUCAAAUCACUCCUAAAAUGUUACUACUAGAAUGGUGUAGGAAAAGGAAGUUACCACAGCCAGUCUAUCAUACAGUGCAGCGGCCAGUUGAUAAAUUUUUCCAAUCUGUUGUCAAAGUCGAUGAAAUGCAGUAUGCAUCAACUUUAUGGGACAAAUCAAAGAAGUUGGCAGAACAGUCUGCAGCCAUUGUCUGUCUUCAUACCCUUGGCCUCACAGAAAUAAAGAUGAAUGAAAGUGACUUUGCACAAAAAAGAAAGCGAAAGUUACAAUGCCAAGAAGAUGAAGGAACCAGAUCACUAAAAGAAGAGCACAAUAAAAAAUUACACCAAAAUGGUUCAGAGCAUAGACCCCUCAUUCAAGAUGCAACAACAUUUGCAAAUCAAUCAGGAACACAUAACUGAAAACAGAAUAAUUUCAACUUUGAACACUAUGCAAAACCUUGACAAAUAUCUAACAGUUAUAUUUCUCUUAAAUGGGAACUAUGACAAAAAUGAAAUGUACUGUCAGUUGAUUGACGCUCUAGGGCUGGUUCGUGGUAACCUCAUUAUAUCCAUGCAGCAAAUAUCACUGAUGAGAUAUCUAUAUAUAAGAAAAGGUGCUAUGGAAAACUGCACUGGUACAAUUUAGCACCUAUGUUAUUAAAUCACCUCCUCCAUAUUUGCCCUCCUUUCUGCACAUUUCUUUUCACAAAACAUUAAUAUAAAUAAAGAGACUGCUAAUACCUAAAAUGGGUACAUUUAGGUAUUUAAGAGCAUACAUAAGGUAAAGUUGUUAGCAAAACUCAAUAUAUGUUGUUUACAUACUCUUUAAAAAUACCUUUCAUUGCUUUUAAAAUGAACUUUAAUUACAUAGCUGAAAGAUUUUUUUUCAUGAUAUGCAAACAUAUUUUUGAUACUUUUAUCAUACAUGGGGGUUGAUUUGUUAUUGCCAGAGCCCCCAGGCUCAAAUUAUCAGAUACUAAACUACGUGGUUCCUAUGCAUGGUUUCUGUAUCUGAUAACCUCAGCUUGCAGCUGAACAUUUUUUUUUCUUCUGAGCAGGUUUUUGAAAAAUAUAAAAAGCUUGACACCUAAAACCUGUCAAGAUUUUUAUUUCUUUUAAAAACCCACUGAGGUUAAGAAAAACAAAAAACCAUUUGGCUGCAAGCUGAGGUAAUCUGCACUUGAGUUCAGGAACUCACCCAUAGAUUAAGUAACUGAUUGCUCAAGCCCAGAGGCUCGAACAAUAAUAAAGCAGCCCCCCAGGGUACUAAAGUGAUCAACAUAUAUUUUUUUUAACAAAUGUUUUAUUGGUUUUAUUUUAUUAAAGAUUACAUGGAAAAUGGGCGGAUUGUCAGUCACUGAAAAUAAUAAAUCCUUAGUAAUCAUAAAAUUAUCUUUUUUUUUUUUUUUUUUCUCUUAACGGAAGUGAUCAUCAUAUUAUAUUUGAUUGUAUAGGAUUUCCGUCUAUGCAAUCAUGUGCUGCAUUAUUUAUUUUUGCUUUAUUGUUAAUAUUGGGCAACAACAAUUUUGACUUUAUAAAGAAAUAUUGGAUUAUAGAUUUUGACAAUUUCUGUAUUCAAUAUACUUUGCUUACAUUUUCAUGUAGUUUAUUAUAAAUAAAGACUGUGUGAAUUGUAGCUGCUUAAAGGAGAACUUAACCCCCCACGAACAAAAGCCCCCAUACACUGCCCUCCAUCGGCCCCCCUCCUCACUUUUCUUUGUAUCAGUUCAUGGGCAUGGAGCUUGCAGUUAGAAGUAGUCCAAGCUUCAACUGUGUAUGUGUCUGCAAGAUCGGUAUUCGCAAACUAAUCCAAAGAUACAGAAGAUGGCAACUGAAAACUCUGCUGUGCUACUCUGUAUCUAUAUGUCAGUUUUACAAUUUGGAAUCCUUUUCUGUGUAGUUCUCCUUUACAGUAAUCCAUGCUAUUUCAUGCAUAUAAUUGUAACUUUUCUCCGGUUAACAUCUUACAUUAUAUUUCUUUUGAGAACUUCGUGCUUUGAUCAUUUUACAUUAUACUUACAUUUUUCUUUGUUGAUUAACUACUGUGGACAAAGUGGAUAAAUGUCACAGACUCUGGCUGCCACUGUUAGAUAAGAUACUACUAAAAAGGGGCAGCAAGACAAAUUGUGCAAUUAAAGUCUGGAAAGUGUAUUGUUGGUACUGAUCAAAGUUCCCUAAAAUGCAGGUUUGCUACCAGCCCUACAGCUAGAAAACAUUGUUACUACAGUUUAUAUUUUGUGGAGGACUUUUUGCUUUGUGAAUGCUGCUGAAUUUGAAAAUUAUAAAUAAGUACAGGUCAAA